UGUUGUGAUAUCGAGUAGCCCUUUUUCGCUCAAACAGAAAAUGCAUUGUGUAGUUGUGCUUCGCUUUGUGAUUUAUCUCUGUUUGGUUGGCUUUGCUGCUGCUGCUGCUGCUAAAUGUGUUCCUGAGAAGUGUGGUGAUUUGGAAGUGAGUUAUCCUUUUUGGAUUAACAAUCCUGAAUGUGGGUACCCUGAUUUUAAUGUCACAUGCAGGAAGGACAAUCAUACUGGUAAGAUGGCUCCAUUUCUUCCUGUCGAUGUUGCUAAUGCUAAUGCUAAAGAGUAUUUAACAAGAGCAUAUUAUAAGAUAAUGGAGAUCAAUUAUUCUGGUCACAUUGUCAUUAAUUCGAGUUCUCUUAAAGCAUUUUCUUGUCGGCAAAAUGAAGAGGCACACGCAUUCAAGUGGUUUGAGCUACCCGGGCCUUUCUAUUUUUCCAAGUCCAAUAAAUUUGUUGUUGUUGGUUGUGAUACAAUUGGUACCUACACAUACGGUGAUAAGGCAGGAGAUGCGAGAUGUGUAUCUUCAUGUGGUUUUCAAAAUGAUCCACUAUACUGCAAAUAUGGCUGUUGUGAAAUUUCCAUUCCAGAUAAUUAUUGGUGGAUCAAAUUCAAGGGCAAAGCUUUGGAUCCUGAACUUUGUGGCUUCUCCACCAUAUUGGAUCCCUCCACCUUCACCGUAGUGGACAAUAAAACAAGCCUUUUUUGGGGAAAUGGCACGAAGGCUUACUAUGGUCUCCGCCUUAACUGGGGUAUUGGCCUUCAAAAUUGCUCCAUGGCUAGAAAUACUGCCAAUUAUUCUUGCUCCUCCAACGCAGAAUGCAUCAACUCUCCGUCAAGAAGGGGGCACGUAUGCAGAUGUCUUCCUGGGUAUGAAGGAAAUGGUUAUUUGAAUGGUACUGGUUGCGAAGACGAAAAUGAAUGUACUCAUAAAGAGUCGAAUAAAUGCGUUGGAAGAGAGGAAGGAGGAAUAUGCCAUAAUCUCGCAGGUUCCUACAAUUGUUCGUGUGCAAAGGGAUAUAAGGGAGAUGGCUUUCAUAAUGGGACAAGAUGUGUAUCCAAAAGCUCCAAUUACCUCAAACUUGCAAUCAUAGGCUCUCUUUCUUCAUUCGUUGGAGUUUCUGUGGUAGCUUGUGGACUGUUUUGGUGGCUAAGCAUGCGUCGUUUGAAGCAUGCGAGAGAGAAGAAUUUUCGACAAAAUGGUGGGAUACAGUUGCAGGAACGCAUCGCUUCCAUGGGAGGGAAAAAAAGCCUCAGAAUGUUUUCUGAAAGAGAGUUGGAAAUAGCUUCCAGCAACUUUUCAACAGAAUUGGGGAAAGGCGGUUUUGCAACUGUGUACAAAGGGGUUCUUGUGGAUGGCACGCAUGUGGCAAUUAAAAAGCCCAAAUCAAUUUCUGAUGAGUUUAUCAAUGAAAUUAUAAUUCUGUCUCAUAUUAGUCAUAGGAAUGUAGUGAAAUUGCUUGGUUGUUGUAUGGAAACUCAAUUUCCUUUGCUUGUAUACGAAUUUGUGCCAAAUGGAACAGUUCUUGAACAUCUACACUCCACAGACAAGCAGUUGACAUGGGAGGCAAGGCGACAGAUUGCCAUUGAAACAGCAGAGGCGAUAGCAUAUGUGCAUCUUCAAGCCUCUCAGCCCAUUUUCCAUCGCGACAUAAAAUCUUCAAAUAUUUUGCUAGACGAUACAUUCACACCAAAAGUUGCAGACUUUGGUAUUUCUCGGCUGCGCCCUUCAGAUGAUAGGCACUUAAGCACCAUGUUUGCUUCGGGCACUCCAGGUUAUGUGGAUCCUGAGUUCGUGAGGAGCAGUCAGUUUACUGACAAGAGUGAUGUUUUCAGCUUCGGUGUAGUUUUGGUGGAGCUUCUCACAGGUCUGAUGCCAUUGCUAUCUAUACAAGGAGCGAACUGUACUUUGUAUGACCAUUUCCUGUCCGCAAUUAAUGACAACCGCCUCCCUGAAAUUUUAGAUCCUAGAGUGGUAAAAGAGGAAAACCAAGGGCAGAUGGAGAAUAUGGCAAGGUUAGCUAAAGCAUGUUUACAAGUGAAAGCAAAAGCAAGGCCGUCCAUGAGAGAGGUAGUGGAAGAGCUUCUUUGGAUAAGAGCUGCCACAAAACAGCCGGGGCUUUAUAGAGAUGUGAGUCUUGUGGAGCAUAGGGGUGAUCCAGAACAAACUAGGCAGAAUUAUCAUGCUUUGCCAACUACCAUUAAUAGUAGUUUAGAGGAUUAUUACCAGAGUUCUCCAUCUGUUACAGCAAUUUCUUCAGAGGGUCCUUCCACUGCGUUGAUUCAGAUUGAAAUGUCAGAUACAUAUGCAAGAUGAACAAGUUAAUGCACGACCUAAGAACCACACAGGUAUUUUGCAAACAUCAGCUACUGCAAUUACGAUAUGUUUAGUUUCCUGCUAGCUAUAGUAACAUUUAGAAGUCAAUGUUUAAUUUUGGUGUUGUGCAAGAAUAAACAUUUUAUUUAAUUUCUCGUCAGAAACAAAACAAGUUGUAAUUAUGUACAAUCGUAAUGCAUUAC